GCCUCACCGGUAGGGUUUAAGGUGUCUCCUUUGAUUGCCGCCUUAAUAAUCAAAACCACUCUUCUUCUCCUCUAAGUCAGUUCACUAGACGGAGCUUAGAAGAUGAAAAGGAAGCGUACCACUCCCAAUAAACUCAAUCGCGCGAAGAAGAAGAAGGACCCUGAAACCCUUCAAAUUGAUGAUUCUCCGGUGGAGGUUGUAGAAAUCAAACCGUGUAACCUAAAGGAAACACUUGCGGGCGUUACUGCUGAAGAGAGUCCAUGGAAGAACCUUGGGCUUAUAACUUCGUUGCAGAACAGAGAUUUGGGCGUCAAAAUGAAGGUGGAAUUGGCUUUCAGUUUUGUUAAAGGUUAUGGAUGCAAAGAUGGGGCUGACGAGGAUGAUGAAUGUGAAGUGGUUAAGCUAUCGCGGCUGAUUAUUUUUGUCAGUGACUGGAUCCAAUCACUGUUGAUUUCUACAAAAAAGAAUCUUAAAGUUGAGGGUGAUUUAGAUUCCGAACCAUGUUUGGAUUUCAGGUGUUGGGAGAUCCUCAAGUUCUGCUUGAAGCAGUCAUCAAUCUUGGGCGUCUCUCUGAAUUUGUCAAGAAACCUGCUAAAGGCUGUUGGGUUUAUCACGGAAAAUGUUUUAUCUGGACUGAACAUGUCUAUGUCUUCGGAGGUCGAUUUCCGCAAUGGUCAAGGUUUUGGAGUUUACAGCUCUGUGGUUGAUUGUCUAGGCUUGUUAUUUUCAUCGGAAAGGGGCAUGUCCAGUGGCAGUUCAGACUGGUGGUUUUCAACUGUUGAACCAGUUCUGAAGCUCGCAUGUAAAGUUCUUGCAGAGAAUAUGAACGAUAGUCUUGCUGAUAGAUAUGUUCUUCAAAUUUCUUGUUUCGUUCUUGAGCCAUUCUCUGAGUUCUUAAUGACCCAUUUAACUAAGAAGAACGAGUUUCGUGAUUUUCUGGAUAAGCUUUUUGCGCCAUUCUUGGAUGUGUUGGGUCUAUUGAACCUCAGCGAGGACAAAAACAAGGAUUUGAAAAUAACUUUGCUGAAGUUGAUUGAAAAAAUAUUAUCUCUGGCUUUGUUCCAUUCAUCUCAUCUUGAUGGCUUCUUAGACUUGGGCGGAGCUGAAAAGUAUUUACCAGGACCUAAAGAGAACAAAACUAUUGUGAAGAGCUAUCACCGGCACUUUUUUACCAAGUUCAAGAACAUGUUGUUAAUGAAGGAGGAGUUGGAGCUGAGCUGUAUGGGGUCAUUGUUUAGGUUGUUUAUUAACAGAGUGAUGAAACAACAAAGAGAUUCAAAUCCAUUGCAAGAAGGCAUGACGAAAAAGGCCUCAAUUGCCGGGAAAGCAGAAAGGCCAUUGAAGCUGCAAGACACAGCUACAAAUGACAAUGAGUCUUCUGCAAAUAGUCAAAGUUCCCUCCGCCCAGAGACACGAAAAUCACUUUUUAAUUUCUUCCUGCAUCUUAUGGAACCUAUAUUACUCAAGAUCGAUGGAUAUAAACAAUCUUGCUCUGAAAUGGCUCCUCCAUUGACUGAUUUCUGUUGUGUUUUUAAGACAGCAAAUAGUUUGUUGUUCCACUUUGCUCAAGAGCGAAUAUAUGUGAAGACAGAGGAUACAUCUGGAGGAGCUUGCUUUGUUUUUCUCAAGACGAUCUUUGAAGCAAUAGUUUCAGUUGCUUCCCAAUUAAAAAAUCAUUAUCCAUAUGAUGAUGCGUCAGAGAUGCAUAUUUUGUUAGCCAAGGAGCUAGUAACUGCAAUAGGCUACCUGUUACAAAUUGAGUACAAAGUCAUUGAAAAUGAUUUAGUAACUUUGUGGCCAAUUAUUCUCUCUUUCCUGGAGUUUAGUAGUUUGUCACCAGAGAAUUCAGAAGACGACUGCCCUUUGACUUCAUUGUUACUUGGUCUUGGAUGCCAGCUGAUAAAUUUAUAUAGUGAUCUCCGCCAGGUAAGUGUUGUUGUAGUAUCUCUGUGCAAAGCUGUGAGGCUUGUGAUACCUGUUGUUACACCUGCUGAUGGUGAUAGUGAUGAGAUGGUUGACACCGGAGAGCUUCCACUAUCAACUGUGUUUCCUUUCCCUUUAGGAAAAAGUGAAAAAUCAGUGGAAAAGCUCUUAUCAUCUCAAGAGUUAAGACUUGCUAUACAUAGGGCUAUUAAAGUAAUACCAGAAGGCCAAGCAAGUGGUUGUAUAACGAGUUUGGCAACAGAUUUAUCAGAAACCAUGAAGUGGAUAAAAAAAGUUUGUUGCUCACCAAGUGCUGGAGAACAAGAUGGACCGGUGGCAGCAUUCUUGGGCGGAUCUUUGUCUGAUAUUUAUUCACUUAUUCUCGACUCACUAACUAUUACAACAGGUAAUAGUAGCCUUGUUGGCCAGUCCAUGAACGAUCUGUUAGACCUCAUCAGUCCUUGCUUAACCCAUCUGGUUUCUUCAGACUCAGAUUGCAUUGAAAAUUUCUUUUCUGCUGUCACCGAAAUGCGUUUAGACAUUAUAAUGACUGUAAAGAAGAGAGCUACCUAUAGAAAGUCUGUGCGCUUGUUUAUUAUCUUUGUCUUGCGUAUUUACAUGUCUUCCAGAAGCUUAUAUAGGCAGGUGAUUAGUCGUAUGCCUCCCAAAAAACAAAAAGAUAUGGCUGGUACUAAGGGCGACUCUAUUGCAGCUUGUUGUGGAAGGGAUUGGAUAAAAGAGAAAAGUUGGAAUUAUGAAGGCUAUUUUUCAUGGAUCUCCCAACCCUCUGCUUCCAUUGUCGACAUUAUUAAACACAUUUCAGCUAUUUACCUUAAGGAUGACAGUGCAGAUUGCUGCUUGCUGAUAUAUAUAUUGUAUAGAGUCACUCUUCAGAGACUUGUUGAUUUGAACAGGCACAUCAAAUCUCUUGAUUAUGUGUCACAGAUAAGUGAUAAUCAGGUACAUGGUACAAUGCUUAAGCAUGUAGCAGUUCUUAAGCGUGAAGGAGAAGAGCUUACUGAUUUCCUUUUGGGCGACAACAUCAUAUCAGGAUUUGCUGAUGUUGGAACUUUUGAAAUGACAGAAGAUACUGAUCAGUGGGUUCUCAGGGUUUCUGGGAUCAACAGGAAGUGUUUGCCUGCUUUACGUUUGUGGGUCCUUAGCCAGCAUAUUGAUCUUUGGUGUGCCCAUGCAGGAAAAAAAAAAUUGAAGAAUUUUCUGUCUCAGCUGAUAAGUUGUUCUGUUCCUUUUAUAUUGAACGGAGUGGGUAUGUCUAUUCCUGGCUGGGAGAAUGAUGUAGACAAGGGCUCUCAAAAGAAGAAAAUAGGGUUGGAACAGUUCUCGUUAGGACUUCUUUUUGAUUCAGUGCUGUAUGAGCAUGAAUUUGUUCGCAGAUAUUUGGCGCUGAGUUUUUCUCAUGUACUGAAAAUGACAGCAGAAAACUUUUUCAUGGAUUUUACUGAAGAAGCUAACUUUGACUCACUGCCUGAUUGGUCGGAGGUGUUAGUCUUGCUUGAAAAUUCAAUUGCCAAGUCACCUGGGAAGCUUCAAUCAGAAGCCUUUUUAGAAGCACAUGUAUCACAGCUGGACAAUCGGAAGUUCACAGCUUGUAAAAAUUUGCUAAAUCUUUUAUGUGGGAUUCCCAAGGAGUAUAUGAAUAAGAAAUCAUUUCAACUUUAUGCAAGUUAUGUUCUCGACCUUGAAAGGUUAAUCGUUUUUAGCAUGUUGAGAUGUUUGAACAAGCUGUCUACGGGUGAUAUGCAAAACCUUUUCAGCCUGUUCAUCACUUGCCGAAAAACUUUGAAAAGUAUUCUUAUAGUUUCGUGCGACAAGGUGCUAGGAGCUUCCAAGUUACCUUUAUCUGAUAGUUUGUUGUUGGCUUCUUGGCUUUUCAAAUCAGCACAAGCUGCGGUUACUUGCCAAAUGAAUAUCAGGAAUGAUUUUACAGGGAAAGCAAGGGACACCGUCUUUUCUUUGAUGGAUCACACAUCAUAUAUGUUUCAAACUGUAAGUAAAAAUCAAUUCAGCAAGGCACUACCAUUGUCUGAUGGACAACUCAUUUCAUCCGAACUUUCUGAGGGAACUGGACAAGUGGACCUUAUAUUUGAGAGCUUGACAGAACAGGCCGAAACUUUACUAAAUGCUUUAAUUGUUACCUUCAGGGAUGAGAAAACAGCCUUUGAAUGUGAGAAUCUGAUACUGAACAAGUUAGCACCUAUAUUUGCUUGUUUUAGUGGAUUGUUGUGGGGAUUAGCAUCUGCAGUGAGUCAAAGAGAUAUGCAUAAAAAUCAUCAAAACACAAAACUGAAAUGGAAAUCAGAACAAUUCUCGAAGCUUUCCUGCAUUAUCCAUGUGCUUAGCAAUUUUUUUGAGGUUUUCGCACAGGGUCUGUUUUUUAGUGGUGAUCGGCAGCGGGAAAUCCAAACCAAUAUCAACUGGACCAGAUUGUUUGAUGGGACUGAGGGUUCAAUUGAUCUUAUGUGUGGUGAUGUUGUAGACACUAGUGAUGUGAAAAAGGAAAUUAUUGAGAGCAUGAUGAAGGGUGAUACCUCGGAAAAAGUAUUGGCACUCAGGCAUCUGUUAAUUGCUUCUGCUGCUAUCCUACGGCUAAAUCUGCAGAUUGAUGGCAUUACCUUCUCACCUACAUUUGUCUCUGUUCUCACGAACAUUUCAAAUGAUCUACUAUCUGAAUUCGCAGACAUGAGCGAGGUACCGUUCGAAUUCUCAUUUAUUUGGUUGGAUGGGGCAGUGAAAGUUCUUGAAGAGUUAGGGAGCCAGUUCUGUUUAUCCAACCCUUCAUUAAACAGAGAUCUAUAUUCAAAGUUGAUUGAGUUGCAUUUGAAGGUGAUUGGGAAAUGCAUAUCACUACAAGGAAAAGAGGCCACCUUGGAAUCUCACGAGACAGGAUUUGGCACUAAUGCAAUCCAUGCUAAGCAAGUGCUAUUAGAAAAAAAUCAGUCUCACCGAUUGCAUUGGUUGGAUGAAUUAAAACAGAGGCUUAGGAUGUCAUUUAAAGUGUUUAUACAUAGUUCCUCAGAGUUACACUUAUUAUCUGUAGUACAGGCUAUAGAAAGAUCACUGGUUGGAGUAUGGGAAGUGUGCCCAGCUAUCUAUUGCAUACAGACUGGAAACAGAGAUGGAGGCAGAAUCCCUGAAACCGCUGCUGCUGGUCUUGACUGUCUGGAUCUAAUUCUGGAACAUGCCACAGGUCGCAAACGUCUGAAUGUGGUUAAAAGGCACAUUCAAGGCUUAAUAUCUGCAGUGUUUGGUAUCAUGGCUCACAUGCAGAGUCCAUUUAUUUUCUUCACAAAUACAGUUGUUGGUUCCAGUUCUCCAGAUGCUGGGCCAGUCAUUCUCAUGUGUGUGGAAGUCUUGAUAAGAAUAGCAGGGAAACACGCUUUGUUUCAAAUGGAUUCAUCGCACAUAAGCCAAUCCAUACAUAUUCCUGGAGCAAUUUUUAGAGAUUACCUUCAGAUACCAAGGGUGGGAUUCUUGGUUAUAGAUGGAAAUUUGUUAUGCCAGGAUGAUCAGCAACAAAAUCUGUUAGGAGGCUCAAAAGAUCUUCAAGUAGACCAGACAUUCUCGAUGAGCCUGUAUGCUGCAUGCUGCCGACUAUUAUAUACAGCGGUUAAGCAUCAUAAGAGUGAAACUGAGGGGUCCAUUGCUACACUCCAAGAAUCUGUUUCUGCGCUUCUUAAUUGUCUGGAGACAGCAGGGAAUAAAGUGGGUAAUCGUGUUUCAUGGGAAGUGAAAGAGGGAAUUAGAUGUGCUUGUUUCCUCCGGAGGAUCUAUGAAGAGCUAAGACAACAGAAGGAGGUCUUUGGACAGCAUUGUUUCAAGUUCUUGUCAAGUUACAUAUGGAUAUCUUCCGGUUAUGGACCUAUUAAGACGGGUCUCAAAAGGGAGGUAGAUGAAGCUUUAAGACCUGGUGUGUAUGCUCUCAUAGACUCUUGCUCACCUAACGAUCUUCAAUAUCUCCAUACAGUAUUUGGUGAAGGUCCUUGUAGAAACUCUCUAGCAACUCUGCAACAAGACUACAAGUUGAAUUUCAAGUACCAAGGAAAAGUUUAGAAAAAUCACAAUUAGUUUUCUGUAUUUCAUGUUGGGAGGUAGGGUCCUUUUCCGGGAUGAUGGGAUUUGCUCUCUUGUUGAAGUUGUAAAGUUGGGCAUUCUCUUGAGUCUAGAGACCAAACCAUGUGUUUUUUUCUUCCUAAUAUGAUAAUGAUUUUGAUUCACAAAA